GCGGCGGGGGGGGGUUGGGGCACGCAGAUCGUCGUCGUCGUCGUCCCUUUAAAACAUUGUUUUAUUUCUCUCUCGCUCGCUCGUUACAUCUUACUCUCAGCAUCAUCAGCAUCGCGAUUAUUACUAUUAUCGUCGCGGCACCACUCGGCGUGCUCUCAACUUAACGCGGCUCAGCAGCAUCAUCAUCGGCACCGACUCUCGCUGCUGCUGCUGCCCCGCGUGAAGCUGGGACCGGCCGCGCUACGGACGCAGGGAGCGGCGGCGGCGGCCAGGAGAAGUGGUGGGUGUGCCGAUAUGAGAUCUCUAACUUCCGAAUGUUCUCUGACCCACGUGUUCCUCUUGGCCGGCCCUCUGUAGGGAUCUCUUUGUAUAUAUGGACCAUGAUGAGCAAGGGCAGUUGAAGUGCAGGCUAUGGCAGGAGCGGUGGCGAUGAGUAGCCGCGGCUGCCUGACUCACGCUCCACCCAUCAAGCGCCCGCCCGAGGACGAUGACAUCGACGACUAUGGAGGCAUGGCCAGCUCUUCCCCUUCCUCGUCCGACUACGGCAUGGCUUACCAAGGCCAACCCAGCCCGUCAUCGUCAUCGUGCGAUGCCCCGAAGCGGGACGGCUCCAAAAAGCACAAAGGUGCCUAUAUGCCCAGCUACCUGGACAAGAACGAGCCCUGCGUGGUGUGCGGGGACAAGGCAACUGGCUACCACUACCGCUGCAUCACCUGCGAAGGAUGCAAGGGAUUCUUCAGGCGCACCAUCCAGAAAAACCUGCACCCCUCGUAUGCAUGCAAGUACGAGGGCAGCUGCAUCAUCGACCGAAUCACACGCAACCAGUGCCAAGAGUGUCGCUACCAGAAGUGCAUCGCUGUGGGCAUGGCCUCUGACCUGGUGCUGGAUGACGGCAAGCGGCUGGCCAAGCGGCGUCUGAUUGAGGAGAACCGGCAGCGGCGCAAGCAGGACGAGAAGCGGCGCAACGUCAUCGAGCGACCGGGGCCCAGCGACAAGGAGUGGGAGCUGAUUCAGCUCGUCACGGCGGCGCACUGCACCACCAACGCCCAGGGGAGCCAGUGGAAGGAGCACAGGCGAUUCAUGUCUGAGGAUAUUGGCCAGGAGUCCGUGCUGUCCAGCCUGGAUGGGGAUGACAAGGUGGACCUCCAGGCCUUUACCCACUUCACAGCCAUCAUCACUCCGUCCAUCACCCGGGUCGUUGACUUUGCCAAGAAGCUUCCCAUGUUUACCGAGCUGCCGUGCGAGGACCAGAUCGUGCUGCUCAAGGGCUGCUGCAUGGAGAUCAUGUCUCUGCGCGCCGCCGUGCGCUACGACCCCGAGAGCGACACGCUCACGCUCAACGGCGAAGUCGCCGUCAAGAAGGAGCAGCUGAAGAACGGAGGCCUAGGCCUUGUGUCGGACGCCAUUUUUGACCUGGGCCGCUCGUUGGCGGCCUUCAGCUUGGAUGACACGGAGGUGGCGCUACUACAGGCGGUGCUGCUCAUGUCCACGGACCGGCCUGGGCUGGUGAAUGUGGACAAGGUGGAGAAGCUGCAGGACACCUACCUACUGGCUCUGGAGCACUACAUCAAUCAUCGCGAGCACCGCCUUAACCACUUCUGGCCCAAGCUGCUCAUGAAGGUGACAGACCUCCGGCUCAUUGGGGCCUGUCACUCCAGCCGCAUCUUGCACAUGAAGGUGACGUGCCCCUCCGUGCUUUUCCCUCCGCUCUUCCUGGAGAUCUUCCAGGACUGACGGGGAGUCGAGAGAACUUGCGCGCACAAGUUGCCCGUCCGCCUCUUGACCCUUGAGCCGAUCCCAAGGCGUGUGCUGACGUGUUUGCCCUGCGAGCCGUGUCGCUGGGUUAAUGAGGUUAAGGCAGCCAGGUACACUACAGUUUUGUAAUUUAAAGUUGUCAUCAUUCAUGUACAUGGACAGUUCUAACACUUUAUUCUUACAAAGAUGUGUCGCGGUCUUCUGGAUGAGGCUGUUAUUUUUUUGUGUAUGAUGUUUCAAAGCUGACUUUAUUAUCUAAGGUUAAAGCAUUUAAUUUAUGUUUUUAAAGUUAUGGUUGGAGAACAUUUUAUAUACCACAUUUAUACAUAGUCUCUUUUUGUGGCAUACGAUAACAAUCCUAUAUGUGUGGCAUAUAACAUGCAAAUAUGUUUGAGUCAUGGCCAAAUGUUGAGUGGGUUUUGAUUUGCUGCGUUUGUGAUUGGAAUCAGUGCUGUUAGGGGUGGUUAAGCAGUAGAUAUAAAACUGUUUGCGAUUGUGGUUAAUGAGAUAAAACUAUCGGCUUUCGUCUGCUUCAAGUAAAACAUCAUUAGAAUUUUAAAUUGAGCUAUUAUUAUUUUGCUGUUUAUACCAAUGCUUGCUGUUUUUCAUUGGCCUACUGUGUGACUUCAUUGUAUACCGUAGUGAAAUUUUACCUCUAUGCAUAGUUUUUCAUAGCUUUUACCAUCAUGUUCAUUAUUCCAAAAUCUAUUUUUGAUGCCUGUAUUUAAAUCGAAUCGCUAUCGGUGACGUCUACAAUAUGAGGAGAGUAAUAAUCUGCAUUAUUGAUGAUGGCUCUUUCGUACAUUGAGUUAAUUUGGAAAUAUGUUCAUGAUUCUGAAUGUCACUGUUUUAUGAGGCAUUUACCCUAAAUAUCGAUUCAUAAAAUGUUUUAACAGUAUACAAUUUUUAAACAAUGAAAUGUGAAGACAGUGGUACAUAAAAUCCAUUGUACUUGGAGUAAAACCUCUGGAAGCCAGACUAAUUGUUGUGGGGGAUAAGCCCAGUUAUGGGGAUACCCAGUAAAAUUACAAUUUAAAUAACACACUGAACUAAAACUAAACUAUUUUUAUUUUAACAGGUCAAGGCACACUUAGCUACACGGCGCUUUUUCACGAGCGACCUGCCCAUAAAUGACAGCUCAGCCAAGUGGCUUAUCGCGUGGAAAUGUUUCGCGGCCAAAAACUUUAAACACAAUUAUUCACAUUCCAUUACGUGCAGCGGAGGUGGAGGAAUGGAUGAUUCUUUAACACAAUAAACAGACUGAUUCUGCCAGGCUUGAAUAAAACUUUUGUUCCAUUGGAACCCCAUUUGCCAGUAAAAAAUAUGAUAAUUGUUUUUUUUACCCUUUUAUCUGGCAACAAAACUGACACCUUUUUUUUUACAAGGAGUCAUGUUUGCAUAGACCACAAUACCUGCAGUCGUAAUGCAAACAAAAAACAUAACUCUGAUAAUGUCAGAGGACAGUGCAUAUAUUAUCAGAGUUAUGUUUUUUGUUUGCAUUAUGACUGCAGGUAUUGUGGUCUAUGCAAACAUGACUCCUUGUAAAAACGGUGUCAGUUUUGUUGCCAGAUAAAAGGGUAAAAAAACAAUUAUCAUAAACUUUUGUUGUGAAAUAAAAACAAAUACAAACUAAAAUGAGAGUGAGAGAGAUCUAACACGAGUAGAGCAUUGCAGCGCGUGCACAGUACAACCAACUCCAAACAACAACGAAGUGAAAGCGUGUUUUAUAGCUUGUGAAUUGCCCAUGCACAUACGCGCGUCAAUUUCAGUGAACCUAUUGCAAUGGUCGGAAGUAAUUCGUGCGUUUUAGAAUUUUCCGAUACAAAAUAAGCGUAGAGAAUUAGGCCACAUCAUAACCGCACGCAGUGUUUGUUCCAGUUGGAUUGGUUUUUGUUUAUUUGUAACAUUUUCUUGUUUUUGUUUAGGUAGCCUUUUCCGGCUAACCCUGAAUUUUGGCUUGAACAAGUCUGGCUUCGUGAGGUUUCUCUGUUUUAACAAUUAUCGAUGCAUUUCGGUAUCAACUUUUGGUCUGGCAAAAUUGCUGAAAGUUCACUUUAUGAACGACUGUACUGUAGAUUGUGACUUUUAUUCAUAUUGUAAUAUAAUAAUUUAAAUUAUAAAUCAUGAUUUGUUGCCUGUAAAAGUGACAUGUAAAUAAAAUAUUAAAAUAUGACAUUCUAAAAAAAGAAAAAACAUUGGUUAAAUAUUUGAAGAAUUAAACAUUUACGAAAGUGCUAAGAGAAUAAAAAUAUAAAUCAUCACAAUGUUGUCACGAGCAUCAUCGCAUUAUCACGGCAUAGCGAGUGACAUGUGUUUCGUAGUGAAUUUCAGGUUUCCCAUUUUUUUCUUGUCAAAAGGACUCGCCGUGAAUACUCUCGCCGCGCUCAGAUAUUUCCGAUCAAAUUUAAAACAAGUGACCCGUUCGCCGUCUUGCAAUUUUCCAAAGCGUACAACAAAGCAGUGUUCUACCUCUCACCUCACGCGUUUAGAAGCAACUGAAGGCGCGAGUGCAACCAUUUGAAAUGCAUAUCUUUAUUCGGCAGGCUUGACGUCUCCCUCCUGCGUCAGCUGUUCCCACACAGUCCAGGCUUGUCCUCGAGUAGCGGCGUUGGUGUUUCAUUUUGAGUCUUUCGACAUUGAAAGUGAACACGGUUGAGCGUACAAGUGAACAUGCUGGUAGGGCCAGCGUGUAGGAGGGUGCAGAGCGUUGGCAGUGUUGAAAGCGGUCACGUGCCGCCCAUACCUGCGAGGCUGUGCACCGGACGUAUCGUUUUGUCCGGUGCUAAUGCACUCUGAUUGACAAUGAAUAGCACGUACAUUAGUUUUAGUCGACAGAAAAAAAUGCCGUAAAUACUGUUUGCUGCUUACAAAAUCGUGAUAUGCAAUGUUUAUACUCGCUACAGCGACACUGCUGUGGUGAUCGCGUACACGAGUCUUAGAGCGAGCGCGUGAGCCUGUUCAUUUUUUCACAGCGGGGCGGUGGAUGGGGGGGGGAUGCGUGCAGCGUGUGAGGUCCGUAGUCGUGACGCGCAAUGCCGACUAACCUCACAGCAGCUAUCAUUAAUUUUGUAUCGCUCGUCAAAUACACUUUGCAACAAUCGGCGCAUAUUCCUACGGGAUUUGGGCACAGAUCUUAUGCCUGCAACCAAACCUUGCCAUUGUGUUAGUGCUCGUUCAGCUUGUCUUCUGACAUGUCCCUGCUGGUAAUUGGCAACGCACUUCUCUACCGGGACAUCUGCAUUCUCCGGCAUUGUGCUUGUCUUCAUAACAACAACGACGACAAAACGUUGUUGUAUGCCUUAAAGUUUGGUUGACUCGCCGUACAAGGCUGCUGUGUCACUCGCUGCUUUAGGCCAGGGAGACGUUGGAUUGUUUAACACUAAUUCAUCAGCUGGUAAUGAUUAAAAUAAGUCCUAUUUAUAUCACGCACGGACGCACGCACGCACAUACACUGUGCGACGCAGUCCUUUAACAAAAGUCAAGAGGUGCCGGACAAACACCCCCCCACCCCCCAGCGUUUGCUCGAGCGCUCUUCUGCACAGGUGUGCAGUGCCCACGUGACUUAGCCGACGACAGCAUCUCUUGAUGAUAAUUGAUUUAGUAUUUAAACAUUGCUCUGCCUGACUGAGCUAUUACGUGAGAAAGUCAAAGCCAGGGUCCUUUAAGCAUUGAUCUAGUCAAGACUUGCGGUCUAAUGUGACCCAGCCUAGUCCGGAGCGCUUGCUUACUUACGUACAAUUGCCACAAAUGAUGCUUGUAGAAUUUUCAGGAAAAGCAUUCUACCGGGAUUUUCAGAGUUUAAGUAAAACAUGAACCAGAUUGUAGCCUUCCUUGACACGAUUUAAUGCAAUGUGUCAUACGAGGCAUCUGUGAACGGAUUGGUAAUACUGCAUAGGAGUUAAUAAGCUGUGUAUUGAACGUAAUAGUCAAACUGAUAUACGGUACAAAAAAGCAUAAUUCCUGUCAACUAACUUUCCAAGCCUCAAACCUUGCAGAGAAGUCACGGAGGACGUUCACCUGUUAUUGAUCUCGCCGAUUUAAGCGUUUACAUUUGAACAUGCCAUGAAUGAUAUUCCUGCGGAGGGAAUAACGCACUGUAAAUGUACUACACUUAAUGUUUAAACGUUAACGAGAGUAUGCAGGCACCUAUAUCUCAAUCUGUAAAUGUGGCUUCUCGAAGGAUGUUUAAAUAUAGCAGCAUGUGACCUUUAGUAAUGUCCAGACCGAUUGUGUCCAUUCUGAUGCAACAAGUAGCUUAAACACAUAAUUGGAACACACCAAAAUAGGAUAUUUGUGGAGCAGCCAGCAAAGGUGUUGGUUGUGUAUGAACUGUGCCUAUGGUUUACCCUGUUAUUUAUUGGUAUUUAAGAUUUUCACUGGGUUAUGAUGGCACGAUAUGGUGUUUCGUCCAGCAAUGUGGCACUCAAUGUAUUAUCUCAACAAAAAGUGGUUUCUAGCGGUGAGCUGCACGGAGCAACUGAAUGUAGUUCACACACUCGAAAACAAGUUGAACGCGGCACAUUAUGAUGCUUUGAGGCUUGUUUUUACGUCCCUGUCCAGAAUGUUUUGUGGUUUUUGAUUGUUCAAAAAUCCACACCUGACUUUGUUGCAUGUGAGUUAGUUACAAAGGAUUAAGUUUCAUUCAGAUAAACCGCUGUUCAGAUGCACUCAGUAACAGCGUUCGUAUCAUUCAGCGCCCCCCCCCCCCCCUAAUGUGACAAUCUACAAUGUAUGUUCUGAUAAAUACUCUGAUGCUGCGUGGUUUAUCUGCCCGGCAUGCUUCGGAAACUUCUGAGGCGUGAAAGUCUUUUUCAAGCGUGGGUUUUUUUAUUGAGAUGUUUUUUUUUUGUUCAGUUAUUUUUACCUCUUUGGUUUUUUUUCCUUCCUGCAAGGAAUAAACUUAUACUUAUCAUGA